GCUUCACUGCUCAAAGGUAAAGUGUCACAGUGGCUGGGGGACCAGUCAUGACUGAAUACAUACUAUAUUUGUGUUUUCUCAAGACAAACAUGACAAUACGUCUGAGUCGGGCCAUUUUUCUCUGUGGGAUUAUUCUUAUUUGUUCUUCAAAAGCAGCUGAUCAAACAUGCCGUGGUAGGUGUGGAUACAUACAGGAGGAUUGUUCCUGCCAUACAACCUGUGUAUCAUUGCUGAACUGCUGUGCAGACUACAACCAGACCUGUUUUCAGGUGAUACCUCACUCCAGCUCCAUGCUGGGUGGAAGAGCCCUCAGGAUCCUUGGUUUAGUUCUUCAUCCUGAAGCACAGCUUUUCUGCAGGUUCAAAGAGGAAAUAAUGAGAGAAGGUUUUAUUGACGCUGAAGGCCACGCCCACUGUAUCUCUCCUUUAUUGUUUGAGACAGGUUGGAUACCAUUUGAUAUCUUAAUCGAUGGAAUUGAUUUUGCCAGAUCUGGAGAGUAUUUGUCAGUCCACCCCAGUAAAGCCGACCCCACUGAUGAAGUCACCCUGCGGAAUGCAACUCGGUGGCAGUUCUACGGCACACCAAACGUAACAGGGUGGCUCAGCAUGACGUGGAACAGCUCUUUGAUUGGAGCAGAUGAGGUCAACAUAGAGUUGUGGGGUUACAGAGAGGUCACCAGGAGCACAGAGGCUGGAAUGAACAGCUCCUCCUCUCUGCAAGCUGAGCUGAGCUACCUGUACUCUCUUGGCAGGAAUCAGGUGAACACUGGCACCUUCAGCUUCAUGCCUGAGUCAUCAGAGGUCUCCUCUGACUGGGAGAUUGGGAAUAUCCGCAUAACUGCGAGUUCCGAGUCAGAUGGAAGAAGGGAUGUACAGGGACUCUGGAGUAGAGCUCAUGUUUUAGCCGGGCACUUAGAGCAGGCUUUCAGAGAUGACUCUGCUGCCUGGGCCAAGAACAAGUGUCUGCAGUGGGACUUACGGGAAAAGACAUUGCCUGGCUUCCUCAAUGAGCUCAUUGACUGUCCUUGCACUCUGGCACAGGCCAGGGCAGAUACAGGCAGGUUUCAUACUGACUAUAGUUGUGACAUUGAGAGGGGCAGUGUGUGCACUUAUCACCCGGGUAGUGUACACUGCGUCAGAGCGAUUCAGGCCAGUCCUACACAUGGGUCAGGACAGCAGUGCUGCUAUGACAGCACAGGAGCUCUGAUGUUGACCGGAGACUCGAUUGGUGCCGGCACCCCAGACCGGGCUCAUGAAUGGGGCUCACCUCCAUACAGGGAGCCACCCCGUGUGCCAGGGUAUUCCCACUGGCUUUAUGAUGUCAUGAGUUUCUACCACUGCUGCCUUUGGUCUGACCACUGCCACGUCUACUUCAGCCAUCGACCCUCUAGCGGCUGUCGUAACUACCAGCCCCCAAAGGCUGGUGUCGUCUUUGGCGAUCCCCAUUUCAUUACCUUUGACGGCCUCAACUACAUGUUCAAUGGCGAGGGAGAGUACAACCUUGUGUCGUCACCGGACAGAGAGCUGAGUGUUCAGGCCAGAACAGAAGGAGUUAAACAUGAGAACAAUACCAGGGCCAGAGCCACAUGGCUGUCGUCAUUGGCUAUGAAGGAGAAGACCUCUGACGUCAUUGAGGUGCGUCAAGCAGAAGGACACCUUCAGGUGCUGAGGAACCAAAAGGUCCUUCCUUUCACUGAGCAAAAAUGGAUGGACCUGCACGGAGUAUUUGUGUUCGCUCCCAGUCCUCAGAAUGUGACGGUGAUGUUCCUCUCUGGUGUUGGUGUGGAGCUGCGUGUGCAUAAAGGACUCAUGGCAGUGACUGUCCUGCUGCCGCCAGAGUUUACCAACCUCACUCAGGGUCUCUUCGGAGUAAUGAACUCUAACCCGUCUGAUGAUCUGCUGACGCAACAAGGAGACGUGGUCUCCUCAGAAGACGCCACGGCAGAGGAAAUCUUUACCUUUGGCUCUGGCUGGAAUAUUCCAAAGAAGUCCUCCCUUUUCACAUACGACUCCAAGUACCUUUUGGACACUUACAGUUUCCCACAGAACCACAACUCUGCUUUUGUUCCCGUCUUUUCUCUACCUGAGACACCCGAUGACCCUCUGGUGGCAGACAUGUUGACAAUGUGCUUUGGAGAAGGGGCACAGCUCUGUAAACAUGACACCCUGACCACUCGAAGCCUUGCAGUGGGAAACGCCACACUCAGGGCCUUCCACACCUUUCAGGCCUUAAUGAAAGUCCUGCAGCCAGUGGUGUCUUGUGGCUGGCUCCCCACACCUAGGAAUGGAAAGAAGAAUGGGACACAUUAUUUAGCGGGGGAUACUUUGAGCUUCUCCUGCAAUGAAGGCUAUUUACUGUACGGCUCAACACAGCGCACUUGUCUUUAUGAUAGGACCUGGACAGGAGAGCAACUCUACUGUUUAAGAGAUGACAACGUGGGGUUCAUACUUGGCACUGUCGGUUCCAUCACAGCACUGGUCACAAUGGGCGUACUAAUCAAACUACACAACAGGAAACAAGACAGAGAGAGGGGAGAGAAACCAGACCAGAUGGUGACCCACGUCCUUUGAGGUUAUGGAACACAAGUCCACUGUGAAACCUUCUACUUUGUGACCCAUGGCAAAAAAAGAAGAAGAAUAUGAAGUUGUGUUGGUCAUCAGGAUGAUCUUCCUUCAACCCAAUGACCCUGGAGAAAAAUCUCAGGUGAUUGUUAGGCUCUCAGUGUGUUUGUUUGGCCACAUGUUGUUCCCUUUGUUUGUGAAACCUUCAGUUCAUAGUCAAUGGCGCAUGGGGUGAGGAUUGAGGGGAUUGAAUAAGAGGAAAAAAUGCCACAGUUGUUUUUAUAUUCCCGUUGUGCAUGGCUGAACGUCCGAUCUCCGCUAGACAGACAAUUGUGUAAAUACUGCACAGCGAUAUCAUCAUUACAAUCAACACUCCCUUCUCCUGUUCAGUUUAAAAUAGGACCAGAUGUUUUCAUAUUCGUGUCAGUCGUGAGGCAAACCUGAUCACUCUGCUUCAAAGACUAAACUUGUAUGCAGCCUUUGUGUGGCUUCGCUGCCUUGAGUCAAACGAAGGGCUUUGCUGAGUGACUGAGCCUGAAGAAAUCCACAAAUGUUAUAUAAAGGUCACCUCUUUGCUCUAUAUCAACAUGUUUUAUUUUUAUUGUCUAUAUUUGAAAACAACAUUUGAAUGAGCCUAUAAAUAUUUAGAUUAAUAAUCAAUGAAUUCUGAUUCCUGGUGAUUUGUAUUGAUUAUUGGUGUGCAGGCUUGUAUUUUUUUGGCCCUUCAAGGACCUUUUCUGGCAUAUUUACUGAUCUAAAUCACAAACCCUAACCUCAAGUUUGAAUUUUGGUUAGGUUAGAGUUAGGCAUUAACCGCUUAUGGUUAAGGUAAGGGGAUGAGACUAAAUGAAUGGGAGUCGGUGAGAGUCCUUCGAAGGAUAGAUGCAAAAACCUGUGCGUGUGUGUGUGUGUAUGUGUGUGUGUGUGUGCGUGUGUGUGUGUUCACGAAUCAUCCCCAUUCCAAGCCAGCAGGCACGCAUCGUCUGACACAUAGCCAACUGCCCCUUCGGACAGACCGUCAUCUCAUGUUACCCAGCGCUCCCUUCUACUUUGAACCUGACUCACUUCUACCUUUCCAAAACAAAGCCCAUGGGGGGGGUAAAAGGAAACAGAGUGACAGGGUCCCGUGUGGCUGAUCCUUGGGGGAGAUAGGUGGGGGUCCAUCUGGGAAAAGAAGAGGGGUUCUUGUUGGAGACUAAUUGAAAUAACCUGGCCUUCUGAAUGCAGAAGGCUUUGAAGUGUUUUUUUUUUUUUUUGCCACAUGUGAACUGUUUCCUUAGUGGCGGUUUCGCAAUGCUGUAUCCAUUACGGGCUCCUCCACACACACUGACUCUGCUCCGUCAUGCUUCAAGGACCUUUGAGCUCUUGAUGUUUUUCAUAUUAAAGAUGAAAUUACCAAC